AUAAAAUCCAUGUGGGCCGUGUGAAGCUUUGCACACAGUCUUCUAUUUACACACAUUGAAGGAUCAUUGUUUUAAUAGACGAGAAGUAAUCGAAACAUUUAACAUUCGGCCCACUUAGCAAUAAGAAUUUUUUUAGUGCGUCAUAGUAUUAUUUUGGUUCCAUUGUUUCACGAAUUCAUCUGUAAAAAUCCAGUCAUAUGUAAAUAGACAAACUUAAAGAUUGGCCGUAAAGAGGAAUUUCGUAGGGCGAGGUAGUAGCGACUCACUAGUGUCAUGGACAACGAAAAAAUACCUCUGACCACCGACAGUUCGCGUUUGUCACGUUAUGAAACUAUUCAUUCCAAAGACAACGCUCUCAUCUAUUGCUGCCACGGAAAGAUAGCGGACGAUUGCUGUUACGAAAAUGAUUCUGCAAUUCCAAAAAGAGAAAGACAAGAUAGUGUGGUGAGCGAGUCGCAUUGUCAUCCCCAGAGGGAAGAUGAUGCAUCGGAUAAACUUGCUAGAAGACGACUUCUUUUCGCCAGUGGUUUAUGUUUAGUUUUUAUGAUAGCUGAAGUCGUAGGUGGUCUUUUAGCAAACAGUUUAGCCAUAGCUACCGAUGCGGCCCAUCUGUUAACCGAUUUUGCCAGUUUCAUGAUCAGUCUUAUGGCUCUGUGGGUUGCUGCACGUCCUGCUACUAAAUCUAUGAGUUUCGGAUGGUAUCGUGCGGAGGUCAUUGGAGCGUUGACUUCCGUUUUAAUGAUUUGGGUAGUGACCGGUGUUUUGGUAUAUUUAGCAAUACAGAGAAUAAUAAAUAGAGAUUACGAAAUCCAAGGAUUAAUUAUGGUUAUUACAGCAGCCGUUGGUGUUUUCGUUAAUAUCAUAAUGGGAGUCGUUUUGCAAGUAGGAGGCGUUCCUCAUGGACAUUCACACGGAGAUAAUGGUAAAAACGAUAAAAAUCAUACUCAUGGCAAUAUCAACGUUCGAGCUGCUUUCAUACACGUGCUUGGAGACUUCAUUCAGAGUAUCGGAGUGUUAAUUGCUUCAUUAAUUAUUUAUUUUAAGCCGGAAUACGUUAUCGUUGAUCCAAUUUGCACGUUCCUGUUUUCUGCCCUUGUUUUGGCUACUACGUUUGCCAUAAUGAAAGAAACAUUAAAUGUUCUAAUGGAAGGAAUGCCCAGAGGGAUUAAUUUCUUGGAUGUGCAAAAAAUACUUUUUGGAAUACCCGGAGUGGUUAAAGUACACAAUCUGAGAAUUUGGUCCUUGAGCAUUGAUAAAACUGCCCUGUCGGCUCAUAUAGCUAUUGCCAAAGGUCAAAGUUCUAUGGAUAUUUUAAAGCAAGCAUCGCGGGCCAUUCAUCGAAAUUUCAAUAUUUUCGAGUUGACUUUACAAGUAGAGGAAUAUAAAGAAGAAAUGUUAGCUUGCACACAAUGCCAAGAACCUGCUGAUUAAUUCACUGAUUAAUUGCGUAAAAAUAAUAAUAUGUUAGUUCGCUAUUACAGGUUUUUCCUGUUUUCUAUGUAAAGAAUAAAGAUUAAGUUUCGUGUCGAAUUGUAUUAUUUUUAAAUAAAGAAUAAAAGCUUCUAAG